ACAGGAUUAAUAGGAUAGGAGAUGGCAAAGAUAAGACUCCCAUUAAAAUAACGACUCGACGAAAUUCUAAUCAGUGAUAUACUUACGUGUUACCUAAAAAUAUCAUGUGAAGCGAAAAUUGUUUGCAAUUUACUUUACAGAAAUGAAUCAAGUCUGCAUUAGUGAAAAAGAAAUCCAUUCUUGGUUAUCAGCAAUUUUUGACCAAGAAAUUAUAGAAAAUGCCUCAGUUACUAUUCUCGGGAACUCCGAAAAGGGCAAUGGACAAUGUGGUGAAGUAAUUUUUGUAACUAUCACCGACACUCAUAAAAACACAUCAGAUGGAGAAUACAACCUCGCCAUUAAAAGCAGUAAAUCAGACACAGCUUUAAUGGCCCAAACUCCAGCUAUUCGAGACGCAUUUAAAAACGAAAUCUACUUAUAUCAGAAAAUUUUUCCCGCUUUCAGAAAGUUUCAAAUUGACAGAGGAAUCACGAAUCCUUUUAACAGCGUACCAAGAUAUUAUGGCAGUUACAGUGACGACGUUAAAGAUGUUAUCGCUUUAGAAAACUUGAAAAAAAAUGGGUACGUUAUGUGGGACACCUGUACGCCGUUGACGAGAAAGCACAUCGAUUUGGUGGUGGAAGAGUACUCAAAGUUCCAUGCUGUAUCUGUUGCAAUGAAAGAACUUCAACAUGAAGCAUACCAGCAGUUAAAAGACGGAAUAGUUACUGACGCUUUCAAGAAGUUUUUUCGCUCAUAUAGUGCGGUUAUUUAUUUUAAAAACGCCGUUGAGCAGUUGCAUGAUUUAUUGAAGGAUGAUCUUGAUGAAGAUAUUUUGAAGAAGUGGUUAGGUUUUAAAGAGCAGGUGCAUUCUAUUUGUUUCGAUAUGGCCCCGAGUGACGACGACUUAGAAGUUAUAACUCAUGGAGAUUGUUGGAACAAUAAUUUUAUGUACAGAUAUGAGAGUGAUGACGAUGACAAAUCUUCAGUGCGUGAAGUAGCAAUAUUAGAUUGGCAAAUUUCCAGGAUUUCUUCUCCAGUGGCUGAUUUGUCCUACUUUUUAUUUGCCUGCAUUUCAGAAGAAGAUCUCGCCGAGAUUGAUCAUAUUUUGACAAAUUAUUAUGAAUCUUUUUGUGAUUACUUAACUCAGCUUGGUAGCACCUUCAAAGCAAAAUACUCCUUCAACAAGUUUUCAGAGGAGUGGAAAAAGUUUAGUAAAUUGGGUGUAAUGAUGUCAGUUACGCUUCUAAAAAAUUCCUACAUUCGAAGAAAAAAUAUUUCUGAUUUAGUUAAUAAAAAUGAUUACAAAAAUAGGGCAAAAUGUAUUGUCACAUAUGCUGUAAAAUCAGACAUAAUUUGAAAACGUAACGUAAAAACGAAUAAAGUUAUUUUAAAGAA